AUGUUCAAUUCCGGUAAGCAGUCGGAUAUGAGACCUCUGAAUGAAUAUAAUGUGUCGGAGACAGCCGCUGUGCUGGACCCAACGGACCCGCUGUCGAGCAAAGUCGAGUACAACGAUCAGCGGAGCUGCAUGCAGUCGAUGACGAAAGUGUUCCGCCCACUGCCGUAUUUCUCGAACUACUAUGCGAUCAUGGACGUCUUUGGGAACGGGAGGAAACCGCGUGGGCCGCUGGAUUUCAGCAACUUGGAUAGCUCCAGGAGCAGUGUCUCCAGUGGUGCGCACCAGGCGACAGUAACGCCGCUUGAGCAAAGCUAUUUCAAUUCAAAGAUCGUUUUGCACUCGAAACAGGAGAUAGAGUCCCUUUUGAAACGGUUCUACAUGACCACCAGGUGUGUAUCCGUGACCAGCGGUAGAAACAGCAGUGUCGUCAGUUCGCAAGAUUCGCAGAAACAGUAUGUCGGCGAUCGGAAGGCGAACCUCGUGGACGAUUUUUUGAGUAACCCUUCGCUUCCCUGGAUCACGUAUGAGAAUCCGUUCGAACCCGCGGCGGACCGGGUCGCGUUCGACCGUCUACCCUUCAUCUCAGACGACAUGAUAGAUAAAGAGGCCUCCGCCUCGUACUUCAAGUACAUGGCACAGCUUCAAAAUGCCUCCCAUGACGUGGAGGUGCUCAAGAGACACAACCUGUGGAUACCAGCAGUCAACCCGAUUUUCAACGAGAUUUUAAUGAAGGACACGGACAGUGAUGGGGGACUUCAGGAUAAAAAAACCAAAUCUCCGUACUUCAUUAACGGUGAAGGUUACAUCCCGAAGAUGUACGACACUUUUGCGGGGACCACUUUUAUUCCCUCCGUAUUCUCAGAGUGUAAAGUGCCCUCCUUCGUAUACCACUGUUCCGUGCCUCUGGACGAUAACAUCUACAUCAUCGGCGGGUCCAUCCCAUCGUACCGGUACGAUGAAGAGGCACCAAACCUCAACGAGUUUGAGAUGGAUGGUAUUGAAUACCUACCGCCCCCACUGCUAAAUGACGUUAUAAAUAACCCAAGUAUGCUGGGGAACCCGUACUUAUACGUCAUUUCCUCGACUACAAAUCACGUAUCGAGACCAAAGAUCUUUGGACAUAUCCCACCAAUACUGCAUUGCGCUACGGGAUCCAAACUAUCCGAUAGGUACAUCUUGUAUUUCGGAGGGUUUGAAGUGAGAACAGAAGCGAUGUUGAACCAGGCUACGGGGAAAUAUCAUUUGAAGAAAAAGGCUUUUGUCAAUAAUGUCGGGUAUAUCUUGGACGUCAUGACGUACAAGUUCUCCAAGAUGGAGUUGCUAUUGGAACCUAACGCAUCAAAUGGUAGCUUGGAAAAACUAACGAAUUUCCCUCCAAGGUUUGGGCACGCACAGAUGUCUCUCGACGAGUCAGCACCAGGGCAAGCUUGUAAAAUCUCACCCACAUGUCAACAGGACGACACAUCGUUGAAGCAUGGUGGCGUGAAUAGGAUCCUAAUAUUUGGUGGGUACAAACAGGUUGGCGAUGACGAGUACGAAGCCAUGAAUGAUCUGUGGCAAGUUGACAUACCGAUAAAAUCAAGGGGGAAGCGCGGGUUCAUAAAAUUCUCCAAGACCGCUACGGCAAAACUUAUCUCUCAAGAGACCGUGAAGGGUCUAUGGCCACCGCAACGUGCGUUUAUGGGGGCACUAGUGUACGAUGAUGUCCCAUAUGCAAACUACAACGAUAUCGAAUCUGAGAUGCUCUCGAAUUUAGCGAAAAACUUUGAAGUGAGCUCCAGUCUUUCGAGGGGUGGUCAAUCUUCGGAUUUUAAGCCAGCAGAUGAUAAAUAUGGAUGUGUGGCCAACUCGACACCUUCUAAAACUUGUAAGCGAUCCUUCAUCAUACAUGGGGGCUCCAAUAAUGCAAAGGUAUACGGGGAUCUGUGGUGGUUCGACCUACAAAAGCUAAAAUGGGAGAAGAUAGAAUUAUUUGGGAAGUACAAACAGGCCAACGGGGAUGUUGGACUGAAAUCUAUUGAACUGCGGCUCGUCGGUCAUACUAUACUAGCUUCAGGCACGUUACUCACUUUUGUCGGUGGUUUGAAUCAGGACGAUGUGAACAUUUUGUUCAAUAAUGAGGAGGUGGAUUCUCCAGUGUACGGAAUACUGGACUACGAGAGCAUGGAAAGCAUAGAAUUGGAACAAUUGACUAUUCGGGCGGUGGACCUGAGCACGCAGUGUAUUUUCUUCAGAGAACUUAUUGAUGACGAUUCCAAAGACGACAAAGUUGCCAGGGUGAAAGUGAGAUCCAGGAUGGAUGCUUUCCCCUCGAUGUACUUUGGCAGCACGUUUCUUGUCUGUCAGGACACGGUGUUGCUAAUUGGUGGGCUGUACGUUAGACGGUCAAACGUGAGGCAGCCUUACCUCAGAGGAACCAUGUUGCAUACAAUCACCCAAACUAUUAGAUUUGCAUUAUAA